AUGGUGAGGACAAUCGUUACCAUCGACGAGGACAUCAUCAACGAGGACAUCGAGGACAUCACCGACGAGGACAUCACCGACGAGGACAUCACCGACGAAGAUUUCACCGACGAGGACAUCGCCGACGAGGAAACCACGGACAAGGCCAUCACCGACGUGAUGGACUUUGAUACCGAGCAUGGCGUGCCGCCCCAUAAUCGUCCGUAUCCCAACAUGAACCCCCCUCCUGGUCAUGACGGGAUGGAUACUCUCUGGCCGGUGGCGAUGAAAGUUGAAAUGAAUUUCUGCAUCGACCGGAAUGUGAAUGUUAAUAAUCGACAGGAACUGGCCUACGCUAUUCGCGGCCAGGCCUGGGGCCGACUUAUUAACAAUCGGUUCGAAGAUGACCCCACGUUUCUGCCUUAUAGAUACUAUCGCCUUAAAUUUAUCUUCGCUACGCAGACUUCCUCGGUGUCUUGGAUACACGUUUUCAUCCUACGCAUGAUGACCGAGAUGGCGAAAGCAUCGGGUCAUGAGGAAUUGACGAUUCCAUUUGACCACCCUUUCUUUCGCUUGCAGAUAUGUGAAUAG